UAAUAUAUUAGAGGCACUAUUAGAGGCACUAGAAAUGUAGGCAUUGAUGAAAGACACUGCAUAGGUUAAAUGCUUUAAUAGGAGUUUGAAUGGCUAUAAUGAACUGUUAAAAGUGACUUGCUUGAUGCCGAUGCCGUCUUUAGGUUGUUAAAGGACUUGUUUUCCUUUAGCAGCAUCCUGCAGGAUGCUAACAUUUACAAACUCUCUUUUAGAGCUCAUUCGUUAUGGAAGUGCACAGUAUUGGUCAGAGCGACUGGCAUGUUGAGGUGGGCCUGCUAAGGAAAGAGGUAGGCCUGCUAAAGCAAUGGGCCUGUAUGGAGGAGAUGAGACGGAUAGAGAGACAGAAGAUGGAGAUGUAUGUAGAAGAGAGAAAACAACAGGAUUACCAGCAACUGGAGAUGAAUAGAGAGAAGGUGUUGAAGGAGGUGGAGAGGGACAGACUUGAGAGGAUGAAGAGGGAGGAGAUGAAUCAAAUGAAGGAUGGAGAGUUGCUGUUAAUGGAUAUUAGAAUGAGGGAAAGGGAGAGAGGGAUGGAGGAGGAAAUGAGGAGGUUCAGGGAUAAAUCUGAGAGGCAGAAGGUAGAGAAACAGAUGGAGCUCCAGAAGAAGAGACAGGAGGAGAGAGAUGAGUGGGAGAUAUUUGAAAAUAAGAGAGUGGAGGAAUGGAAAGAGUUUUACAGGAAGGAAGAAGACAUCCGAAAGGAAGAGUCAUGGAUGAAAGCAGAAAGGAAGGCAAAGAGAAAGGUGGAAGAAGGAAAGAGAAAGAUGGGAGAAGAACAACAGAUGCUGAAAAAGCAAGCCAGUCUAACGGAGACACUGAGUGAUGGAAAGAGAAGAAACCUGGAAGAGAGAAAGGAAGAUGAAAAUAAUAUGGGAGAAAAGUGUGUGAAGGAAGCAAGGGAAGGAGACAGGAGAGAGCUCCUGAAUGAAAAGAGACAGAGACAGAUUGCAGAAGAAAAUUUGACACACAUGGAGAAACAAAUGAUGGAGAGGGAGGGGGAGAGGAAGAGAGAACUUGAGAGUCAGAUUAGAGAAGAUAUGAGAAAAAGAGAAGAGGAAAGAAAGCAUGAGGAGGAAAUUAAAAUGAGGAAACUGGAAGACAUGAAGAAUGAAAUGUUUGGAAAAAUUAGAGAGUUGGAGGAGGAGAGGAAGAGAGAACUUGAGAGUCAGCUUAGAGAAGAUAUGAGAAAAAGAGAAAAGGAAAGAAAGCAUGAGGAGGAAAUUAAAAUGAGGAAACUGGAAGAGGACCUAAUGAAAGAAAAGAGGCAGAGACAGAUUGCUGAAGAAAAUAUGACACAUUUGGUGAAACAAAUGAGAGAGCUGGAGGAGGAGAGGAAGAGAGAACUUGAGAGUCAGAUUAGAGAAGAGAAAAGAAAGCACGAGGAGGAAAUAAAAAUGAGGAAACUGGAAGACAUGAAGAAUGAAAUGUUUGGAAAAAUGAGAGAGUUGGAGGAGGAGAGGAAGAGAGAAUUUGACAGUCAGAUUAGAGAAGAUAUGAGAAAAAGAGAAGAGGAAAGAAAGCAUGAGAAGGAAAUUAAAAUGAGGAAACUGGAAGAGGACCUAAUGAAAGAAAAGAGGCAGAGACAGAUUUCAGAAGAAAAUAUGACACAUAUGGAGAAACAAAUGAGAGAGCUGGAGGAGAGGGAGGAGGAGAGGAAGAGAUAUCUUGAGAGUCAGAUUAGAGAAGAGAAAAGAAUGCACGAGGAGGAAAUAAAAAUGAGGAAACUGGAAGACAUGAAGAAUAAAAUGUUUGGAAAAAUGAGAGAGUUGGAGGAGGAGAGGAAGAGAGAACUUGAGAGUCAGAUUAGAGAAGAGAAAAGAAAGCACGAGGAGGAAAUGAAAAUGAGGAAACUGGAAGACAUGAAGAAUGAAAUGUUUGGAAAAAUGAGAGAGUUGGAGGAGAGGAUGAAAAAGAUGGAAAGACAGCAUGCAGAGAAGACCACGAUGGAGGAGGAGAAGGAGGAAAGAAAGAGGGUGGAAGACACACUGAGGAUGAAAGAGCUAAACAAGACAGCCUUGGAUGUGUGGGAAUUUCACUUUGGAAGUCAUGAAUGUCCAAAACACAGAAGUGAUUCAGAAUGUUCAGAUUGUGAUGACAGUAAAAGUGUCAAAGCACACCAGAAGAAGACAGACAAAGAGAAGAAUGAAACAAUGGAAACACUCCUGACCGAGGAAAAAUGUAAUAGUAGUGAUGAUGAUGAUGAUGGUUUCACUGAGAUUAAACAAAAGGAUGGACAUAAAAAUAUGCUUGUUGAGGAGAAGGUAGCUACAAAUUACUGUCAAAAUGAUCAACCAGGAAAAGUCAAAGUUCAAAAUGACCUGGCAGGUGACAUAGACUGGUCAGAGAGUGACUACAGCGAGAUUGAGGAAAUAAUCGAAAGUGACACUGAGGACAUUAGUGAAGAAAUAAAGGAAAUGGAUGAGGAGGUUGAAGAUAAGACAGAUAUUGAGAGUGAUGAGAGAACAGUAAGAAAUGUGAUAAGAAGUGAAUGUGAUGAUGAUAAGAGUGGGAAACCAAACAUGAAGAAAGGCAUGGUUGACAAAGACAAUACGGACAACAACGUUGAGAAAGAGAAAACAACCCAAAGCAACACAAAGAGAGAGGAGGGUGAGAGAAAAGAGGUUCAUCAAAGCCAAGACACAGAGAUAUACAAAACCAAUGGAGCGACAGAAUCUGACGAGCUCACUUUGGUUCCUGGAAAGGGGUCAGAUAGCAAUGACAGUGAGAGGGUCAAAUCCAACCAAGAGAAAGAAAAUGAUGACCAAAAGGACACAGGACAGUUAGAGAGUCAGGAGGAGAAGAAGGAGGACAGGAUACUUGCUGGAGCAGAGGGAGAGACUCAGCAUCCUCAGGAAGACCAAUCGGAAACAUGCAAAGAUUUUUCAAUUGUCGCAGCGGCAAUGGUUAAGACUCAAGGCCCAGACGAGGAUCAACUAGCAGUUGAAGGAAAGACUAACAACACUCAGACAGACCAGGCAGCAAAGGUCAAAGGUGAAAUGGACCUGGACAAUGACUGGUCAGAGAGUGACAGUCAGAUUGAGGAAAUUACAGCUGAUUUUGAGAUUGAUGAGGAAACAGACCAACCAGCAACGUGCGGAGAUUACUCCAUCUCUAUUGCUGAGGAGUUUAAGAUUCAGGACCCUGACAAGAAUCAACCAGCAAAACUCAAAGAUUCCUCCAUCUUCUUGGCUGGUGCUGAGGUCAAACAGACCCAGUGCAAAGAUGUCUCCUUGGUUGCUGCAACUGAGUCAAAGACUCUGAAACCUCAGGAGGAGCAGCCAGCAAAGUGUAAAGAUUUGUCUGUGUUUGCUGCAGCCGGAGGAAAGACUCAGGACUCAGCAAAGGUCAAAGGUGAAAAGGACCUGGAUAAUGACUGGUCAGAGAGUGACAGUGAGAUUGAGGAAAUUAUAUCUGAUUUUGAGAUUGAUGAGGAAACAGAGCAACCAGCAACCUGGAGGACAGACUCAGAACACUCAGACAGACCAGGCAGCAAAGGUCAAAGGUGA